CGGUCCAUCGUCCCCUCCCCCCUACUUUAUUAAACCCCGCACACGAUACACAUCUUCCAUUUCAACAAGGCCAAAACCUAAGACGAGCCACACAAGCCACAGCGCUCUCCCCACCCCCCCGCGAGGUCCCCCGGCCUCCGCGCACCCCGGCUCGCGGGGCGGUGCUGGGGGUCGUCGCCACCAUGCGCCCUCCCCACGCCCCACCGCCGCAUCUCCAAGGAAACCGCGAGCUAUCUCGUCAAGAACCUCGGAAUGAACCCAAACCCGACGAACAAGUGCCCCUGCUCCCGUCGCUGGUGUCGCCACCGCCGCCACCAUUGCUAAGGAAUCGGUCGUCUCUGUACAAGCAAAAAUCGUGGUCUCCGGACAUGUUUCGGGAGGAGGCGUGGCUCCGGCGUAAGGGGAACGUCAGAAACCGCCACAGCAAGAGCGUCACGGAUGAGGACCUUGACGAGCUCAAGGGAUGCAUAGAACUGGGGUUUGGGUUCAAUUCGCCGGGGGCCGUGGACGACCGCUUGUCGGAUACUUUGCCAGCUCUAGGGUUCUACUACGCCGUGACGAAGCAGCACAAUGGGAGCGUCCCCAAGUCGGCGGAGACGUCGCUUACGACCGCGUCGGAUUGCGAUAGCGCGUCUCCCGUUGGCAGCCCCCACGCCAUAUGUGGCCCCAAUAUCUGUGCAGGCGAUGAUCCUCAGGUGGUGAAGACGAGGUUGAGACAGUGGGCACAGAUAGUUGCUUGUUCGGUGCGGCAAUCGUCUUCCUAAGCUACCAUCAUUAAUAUCAUCAUCAACUGAGGUUAAACUGGAACUCAACCAGAGUCACAAAGCAAAACCCAUGUGCAUCAACCCAACCUGUAUUUAGAAUAUUAAUUCUCACACCGACCUUGCUUGCUUAGAAGGAUUAUAUUAAAGUAGUGGGAAGAAGAAAAGGCGAUAACUUGUACUGCUCGUGCUUUUGGGGCUUUCCUUAAAGCGGUGUUAAACCUUGGUACUGAUGUUUAUUAGCUGUCGGUUUUGAUGUUUCCUUUAAGUGGGCUGCUUGGCUUAGGAAAUUGUCAAAAAAAUAGAUGCAUCCUGUUGCUGAGCUAAGUAGAGUUUCCUUGUUCUCUUUUGGGUUUGUUUAGGAAUCUGUGUUAUGCUUGAUGCUAGCUCCAUCAUGUCUUUUGCAAAGGAGUAAAAAGUGACUUAUUUCUUCUGCUAA